GAGCUGGUAGGUGAGCUGUGCGUCGUAUCUCACGAGUUGAGUUUUGCCAUCAUGGUCCGCGAAGCUGUUGUGUAUCGUGCUCAUGGAGCUGAUGUUUCGAGGGUCAUGACGACCCCAAAGGAUGAGUUGGCCGGCAUCGUGAAAGCGGACUCUUUGUUUUUCAGGUUCAACUCGGUGCAUGAGCUGAAGUUGCCAGACCUGGGGGAUGUUCUGGUGAUGCGAGGUGACACCCGCUUCGUAGCUCAGAAGCAGAAUGUGAUCUUGUUUCAGCGCAGCAUGGUCAUUCACGAUGAUGACGAAGCUUUCAACAUCUUUCAGGGGAAGCCAGUUCCUGGAAGUGGCUGGGAAGAUGUUUCCUUUUUUGCUGAAGAGAUGGACGUGUACGUGACCUACCUGCUCAUUGCUGUGGACAACACCCUUGGCAUUGAAGACCGUUCGUUGACCCAGCGAGUUCCGUUCAGGCAGCGCUGCUCGAACGAUGUCCACAGAUUGCUGCUCCGCGUGAACCCUGAGAAGUUCGCCCUCUUGAAGCACUUGGCAAUGCCGAUGUGCAAUGACGCUGAGGGAGCCUGAGCCAGAUUUGAUCUGCCACGACUCUGGCGCCAAG